CUUACAUCACCGAUGUAUGCAGCAGCAUCCAUUUAAUCAAAUAAAAGUAUACCAAUUCCUACCCCCUCACAACCCACCCACCUUCGUACACCAAAUCCACAUCCACAACACCAUACAUACAUACACUCAACUCAACUCCCAAAAUCCAAAGAAAUCAAAUUCAAAAUGACCUACACCAUCACCUCCCCACCCCCGUCCCUCUGCCCGCCCACCAGCGCCGCCAUGAUCUCCUUCCUCGAGAACUUCUACCGCAUCAGCGACACCGAAUCCCUCCACAACGACUACGUGACGAAUUUCACGGAAGAUGCGACGCUCAUUAUGGGCUCGAAGGUUGCCAAGGGAUUGGAUGAGAUCUUGAAUUUGCGACACGGGCUCUGGACGCACGUCGCGCGCCGCAAACACACCCCCGAGCGGGUGUAUUUCGGUGCGGAGAGAGAACUCAUGCUGUAUGGGACGGUGAGGUAUGUGCUCAGGAAGGAUGUCGAGGCUGGGAAGGAGGAUGAGAUUGAGGUGCCCUGGGCGGGGAGAGUCGUGUUUGAUGAGAAGGUUGAGAAGAUGCGGUUUUAUCAGGUUUAUUUGGAUCCGACGGCGCAGGGUGGGAAGAAAUGAGGACUUGGUACUGCGGAGGUGUAGGUUAUGGGGUUAGGAUUGGGUUGGUGAGAGGAAGAAGAGUAUAGAUGUUGAUAAGUUGGGGUUAUCU